CGGGCACGUGCCCCGAGUCUGUCGCUAUAGCAACGGUUUGUUGAUAGGCGACGUGUAGCAGCCUCAAUAGAGAGCAGCAUGAAACUCAAGCGGUUCCUCCUCAGAUAUUAUCCUCCAGGUAUAAUCUUGGAAUAUGACAAAGGAGGAAAUUUGAGGACCAAAUCAAUCGACCUUUUGGAUUUGACUCCAGAAACAAACCCAGACGAGUUGUUCGCAGAAAUCAGGCAAUCAGAGCCUCUGAUCACAGAGUCUCGGGCUGAUCAGGUCAAACAGCUGAUCGUACGACUUCAGCAGAAACAGGUCCAGCACGACCACCACAAGUUUUGUUUCUCAAAGGAGCUUAAGGCACAUAUACUACCACUGACAAAUGUUGCCUUCGAUAAAUCAGGAUCAAGGUUUAUAACUGGGAGCUAUGACAGGACAUGUAGAGUUUGGGACACAGCCUCAGGCACAGAGCUGCAUAAGCUAGAGGGUCACAGGAACGUGGUGUAUACAGUUGCCUUCAACAAUCCCUAUGGAGACAAGAUUGCCACCGGCUCUUUUGAUAAGACCUGCAAACUGUGGUGUGCUGAGACGGGGAAAUGUUUUCAUACCUUCCGUGGACAUACGGCAGAAGUAGUGUGCAUGGCGUUCAACCCCCAGAGUACACUGGUGGCCACAGGCAGCAUGGAUGCCACUGCCAAGCUGUGGGAUGUGGAGACUGGGGAGGAGGUGGCGACUCUGACUGGUCACACUGCAGAGGUCCUCUUCCUGUGCUUUAACACGGUGGGAAAUCAGCUUGUCACGGGCUCCUUUGACCACACAGUUGCUAUAUGGGAUGUUGCUUCUAGAAGGCGUGUCCACACUCUGAUCGGUCACACAGGGGAAAUCAGCAAUGUUCAGUUUAACUGGGAUUGCUCCCUCAUAGUCACAGCCUCCAUAGACAAAACCUGCAAGAUGUGGGAAGCAGUCAGUGGGAAGUGUGUGGCAACCUUAGUUGGACACAAAGAAGAGGUGCUUGAUGUGUGUUUUGAUUUAAGGGGUCAGCUCAUUGCUUCUGCCUCUGCUGAUGGUACAGCACGAGUGUUCAGUGCAACCACACAUCAGUGUCUUGCGACCCUAGAGGGUCAUGACGGAGAGAUCUCCAAGAUCUGUUUCAGCCCCCAGGGCAACAGGAUCCUGACUGCCAGCUCAGACAAGACAGCUCGCUUGUGGGAUGUUCAGACUGGAGUCUGUCUACAAGUUCUGGAGGGGCACACUGAUGAAAUCUUCUCCUGUGUCUUCAACUAUGAGGGUGACACCAUCAUUACAGGGAGCAAGGAUAACACAUGCCGGAUCUGGUGCUGACCCUUCCUUUGACCGUGCAGAGACUCAGGCAGAUGUAUACAUGGACACAACAAUCAAUUCUUGUAGACCAUGUAUGACUC